UUUUUCCAGUGAGUCUCCCUUGCCAGUGACUUCACGUGUCUGUUUUGUAAAGUUCCUUGAAUCUGAUUCGGUGGGAGUGUCUCAGCAUUUGACUAACACAGUCUUCGUGGACAGAGCCUUGAUAGUGGUGCCAUUUGCAGAAGGUUUGUACUUAAAAUUUUAUAUUGUGUGUUUGUCUGAUAUCCCCCUGUAAGUUUGACAUUAAAGAAAAGUUAAAUUAAUGAAAAUCUAAUGCAGACCCUUGGCAUACUGUAGAAUAUAGACUUCUGUAACUGUUUAGACACUGUUGCAAACAUUGUUUUUCAGUAAAUCAACUGGCGUGACUUAGGAGUCGUUGUGUUGUACAGAAGAUAUACCACUUGUUUUUGGCUUUGAACAUAUUGCAUGUCACCCAUGCUUGUUAAAGCACCAGACAGUGCAUCAUAUUUAUGUUUUUGCAUUCCAAAAAUGUGAAAUGUUUUAAAUGUGCACAUUUUCUGAGUUGUGGUGAGAAUAACAUACAGUAUACCAAGGACUGAUAGAAGCUGGGCUUGCUUGGAAGAACAUGAUAUAGUAAGCGAGUAAAUUUAAUCUGUAACCAUGCUUUUCCCAUUUAGAAUAUCAUUAUUAAACUUUUCUCUCUGUUAUUUGUGUGUGUGAUUUUUGUAGUGGAGAAGGCAAUUGCAGAGCCCCCUCCUUGAUGACUGAAACUGUGGGUCCUCUGCAGCGAACAGGGGAUUGUAGACAUUUACAAAAGGCCAGCAAGCAUUCGAGCCCCCCUGUGUUUUCCCGGUGUAUAAACACUUAAUAACUCUUCUCUCUUGUUUUUUUUGUGUUUUAGGGCUUAUAAUCAGAGAGGAAUUGUAGGAAUUGUAGCGGUGCCAUUAAAAUAAUUGUUAGAAUGAAGAUGUUUGGGCUAACAUGCAUAGCAGUGUGCAUGUGUUGAGAUUUAUUAGGGCCUAGAUUUGUAGUUUAGUUAAUUUUGCUAUUUUUUGUUCACUUUAGUAAACCUACAUUUUCACCUGUCAGCAUUACAUUUUAAAUAUGGUGUUGGCACAUGAUUAAUAAUUUUAUUGGCUCUGGGCUUUCAUAGUCAUCCAUUGUAGUUGAAAUCGCACAUUGAUGUGUAAGUCCUUGCCAAUAUCACUUUUUCUCUCAAUAGAGCAUACACGAUCAAACCAAAUACACUAUGUUGACAGGGAAUGGGACACAACAAGUAAAUUACAGUACUAUACUGUACAAUGUUUUGAUGAAAUCCACUCCAACUAUUGUAGAAAGAAGGGUCCAAUACCUUUUUUUAACAGUGGUUUUUCUUUUUUUGUUGUUGUGUUUUACAGUUCUUUUUCCUGGUUCAGCCAGACCUAUUUACCAGGCCCUGCUGAAAAUACCACCCAACAGUUUUGUCUUCUGCAGCUAAUCCAGUUUCUCAAGUGCCCUUUAUAUGUUGUAUGUUUUUUCUAAGAUGGUAGACAGUAAGAUGAUUACUGAUUUUGUAAACCGCUAUGGGAUAGAAUUUCACAGAUUUUUGUUUUUUUGGGGGAAUCUUGGGCAUGCAAAUUACAUGCUAAUGAGGGGGCUUUUGCUGGCAGUAAACCUUUCUAUUUGAGGGCAUCCAGUUUUCUGUGCUCUUGUAUGGGGCAACAAGAAUGGAGGAUCAGAGGCCUGUUGAUGCUGUUGGCAAUACAUUUUUCUUUUCUUUGUUUCUGUGCCCAUUCGGAAUCAGUUUGCACUCAACUGGCAUAACGUUCCCUUUAGCUUGUAUGUUAUUGCACCAGGUAAGGAAAAAAAAGACCACGCUUCUGUGUUUUGAGAGAUCCACGUUGACAGUCUGGCACAACAUAGCCUACUUAUCCAUAAGUAACCAGCAAAAGCCCAGGAAAGAAUCUUUAAAUUUCAGUCUGUUAAUGUUAAAUGUAUUUUACCUGUUUAUGGUAAGUGUAUACAAUUCAUAAUGAACUGUACCAUGCUGUUGACCCCAAAAAUCAUAAACUCUUUUGUUUUGUGUAUCUUGAUUUUUCUGUGUGCUUUAUAGCGAAGCAGCUGACACGAGUCGCUUGUUCAUAAAACAUCUUUUGAAACUUGAGAGCACACCCCACUGGAGAACCGACUGUGCUUGCUUACGUUUGGUUCAUGACUAAAAAAUCAAGUACAGGAGUAAUUCCUGAUGAGGCGAAAGCUUUGUCUUUGUUGGCGCCAGCAAAUGCUGUUGCAGGGCUGCUUCCAGGGGGAGGACUUCUGCCUACACCAAAUCCAAUGGCAUCGAUUGGAGGCGUUCCUUUGUCAGCUCUGGGGGGUCCCACACUUGACCAAGGCCUUGCUGCGUAUGGGUUGCAAGGAGCAGGUUUAAAUUCUCAGUCUCUGGCAGCAGAUCAGCUUUUGAAGCUCAUGAGCAGUGUGGACCCAAAGUUGAAUCACGUGACAGCAGGACUAGUGAACCCAGCAAUGAAAUCGGAUGCCUCAAGUAAAGAAAUAGAGGAAGCUAUGAAGAGAGUCAGAGAAGCGCAGUCCUUGAUUUCAGCUGCUAUUGAGCCAGGAAAUAAGAAAGACGACAAACGAAAACAUUCAAGAUCCCGAUCCCGAUCUAGAAGGCGAAGAUCCCGUUCCCGCUCCAGACAUAGACGUUCAAAGAGCAGAUCCAGACGAAGGUCACAAUCCAAAUCAAGAAGCAGAAGGCGAUCUAAAAGUCCUAGGCGACGGAGAUCGCAUUCUAGAGAUAGGAGUAGGCGUUCAAGAAGCAAAUCCAGGGAUAGAAAGAAAGAAGAAAAAGAAAAGAAACGCUCUAAAACUCCACCAAAGAGCUACAGUACUACUAGAAGAUCGCGAAGUCCUAGCAGGGACAGAAGGCGUAGAAGAAGUCGCAGUGUAACUCGAUCUCCUCCUAAAAAGUCACCCAAAAGAAAGAUGUCCAAAUCACCUUCCCCUAGAAGGCACAAGAAGGAAAAGAAGAAGGACAAGGAGAGAGAGCGAGACAGAGGUAGAGAAAGAGAGAAGGACCGAGAUAGAAGCAGAGAUGAAAGGGAAAGAUCAACCAGCAAAAAGAAGAAAAGCAAGGACAAGGAAAAAGAACGGGAGAGAAAAUCGGAUGGUGAGAAGGGAGAUGUAAAGCGCUCUAAACUGGGACUGUUGCAGGCACAGAUGGCUAAGGGAGAACAGAAUGAGGUGACAAGAGAUUAUGAUGAAGAGGAGCAGGGGUAUGACAGUGAAAAAGACAAAAAAGAGGACAAAGGUUCAGACUCUGCUUCUCCUAAGGCAAAGGAAUCUUCAGUUGAUAAAGGAAUGGGGGACACAGUAAGAGAAUCCAAAGUGAAUGGUGAUGAUCAUCAUGAAGAAGACAUGGACAUGAGUGACUGAAUGCAUCCAAGUUUCCUGCCAUGUGUUUAGCAGUGCUUAUAGCACAUUAGCAGACAUGCAUCAGUACCAUUCCUUUAGCUUUUUUGUUUCUUUUUUUCAAAUGGCAACAAGAAGAAUAUACUUGGUGCCUCUAGAGUGUUGGCUGGAGAACUGCAGUCUUAAAUGUACAGUUUUGGGGGGGGGGGGGGGGACCAUCUAUUGGAAACAUUACAUCAUAAAUCUUGAAGACUAAACCAGUUGGUUUCAUUUACAAUAGAUGGAAUGCCCUGUGUGCAUGGUGGUUGUGAAUUAUGUCCAUUUCAAUACUAAAAUACUGUAAUAUCAGGGUCUUUUCAUUACUGAUUUUGACUAACGGGGAGUCACAGUUAUUUCUUCUAUUCAAUUAGUUAUAUAUGCUCUUUAUAAGGAGUGAAACAGAUAUACCAGGAGUGAAACAGCAUCCAUAAAACUGUCGUGCUUUUUGUUUUUUCUAUUUCUGUGCUUCUAGAGCUAGUAUACAGAUAGGUAAUGCUAUCAGUUAUAUUUUUCGAAGUGUUUCUUUACACGUGUGAAAUUAUCAUCUUUUGCUUAUGUAACAAAAUGCAGUUUCAAAAUAAACAAGUAAUGCACAGAUAUUACACUGGUGGGUAUGCAAUCUGUUUCCAUUAUGUAAAUACAUAUAACCAUUUAACUUUGCUUGAAAAUGACACGUCCAGUUAUUAAAUUCUGAGCCUUGUGACAAUAGUUUUAAGAACUGGUUGUCAUUAACUGCCCUGAUUUAAAAUUUCUUUAAAUAAAGCUCUACUUGAUGUAUUUUGUGAUACUCUGUUAAUGUACAAGUUCUUGAUCUUGUUGCCCAUUGUUCACGUUGUAUUUGGAAUAUGCACAGAUGAUCUGAUGUGUGCUCAGUCUUGUGGAGCUCUUACUUUUCUUUCCACCCUCAUACCGGUUCAAAAUUUGUUGUGGGUUAUAGUCUUCUCUGUUCAUGUACAGUUUAUGAAGUGUUUUACAAGGGAAUAUCUUUGAUAAUAAAACUGCUACGAAAUAA